CCGACAUCGCUGAUAAUGUUCUAUACGGCCUUGAGAUUGGCUAUAAGAGCGAACUCGAAAAUAAUCAGAUUCAGAUUCGCUGAGAAGUUCAUCGUGAUGAAGCGAAUUCUAGAAUUGUUCGUCCUCGCAACAAUCCUGGCUGCAUGUUCAGCUGACUGUCAACCAGAUUUGCAUGGACGUCAAAAUUGUUACCAGUGCGAAGGUCUUACAAAUUUACAGCCACUCUCACAGUUAUCCAAAGGAGUGGUAGGCAUCAAUAUCAAGAACUCGAAUAUCAAAAAGAUACCGACGGAUGCAUUCUUGAUGCAUGGCGAUUCUCUGGAAGAACUCAAUAUCACCGGAUGUGGCGUGGAGGAGAUCGAACCUAAUGCGUUUCGGGGUCUCGGCAAACUACGCGUGUUAGGUUUGGUAGACAAUAGAAUCCGUAAAUUGGACUCGUCGUGGAUUCAAGAUUUGACGAAUCUUAAGGCACUUAUCGUGUGGCGAAACCGAAUCGCCGAAGUCGAUACACAAUUAUAUGAUUUGUUGCCGAAUGUGGAGAUCUGGGAUAUCGCGCAUAAUGAGAUGACCGCUUGUCUGCCCGCUGAAUUGCUGAAAAAGCUGACAAAACUCAAACAGAUCUAUCUCGCUAGUAAUCCGUGGUCAUAUCGGUGUCGCCGUUCGAUGACGUGGUAUCUCGGUAGCAAUCACAUCCGUUUUGUUCAAGAUUGGGGCAGCAGCGAUCUACUGAUUGAAGAAUGUCUCGCCCAUGAGCCGAAUACCGAUGUUGACGACAACGCUUUACACAAAUGCGUUGAUCGCAAAGUCAGUUCUAUCGACAUACUGCAAACUGUGACCGGUUUAAGCGAACAGAUCCGAGAACUCUCGAGAAAAUUCACCGAAUUGGAAACCGAAGUUGCCGCUCUGAAAGACAAAUAUUAAUUCAUCGAAGCUUGCGAUCUUUUAAAUUGUUUGUUAAUUGUCCUAAUUAUAUUAAUAUAUAAUAUUUUCCAAUGAUAA